UUUACAGCAGGGAGAACAAAGUCUCCGAACAGCCUUGAUUACUAUCUUUUUGUGGGGGCUACUGUGUUCACAAUCAGUUGGUCAAAGAAGACACAUUGUAACAAAGGUGUUCUCAGUAACACGAAGUGUGUACAGGAACUGACUUGGCUUCUGCUUGGAACCUUGGUAUCAGGGCAUCAGCUACAUAGAAGUAAGAGAUAACUAUACAAGUGUGGUGAUCAGCAGAUUUUUGUGACUUCAGUUCACCUUUAAUACACUCUACUAACUAACCUGUUGUUACAUUUCAGUAAGAUUAAGUGUCUCAAUGCUGCUUCAAGCUCUACUGUACUUAUUUCCUUCCGUGUACCAAAGAUUUUAGGCCCUCACUCUGUAUUAUUACAUCAUCAGUCUGUAGUACGGUAUAUAAGGUGUUCUCAGAAAUGUAUAUAAUAUGUUUUCUUCCACUUCCAGCUCAGAAUUCAAAAUGGAGACCAACAACAAGGAAAUGAAAGACAAGGAUGUGGCAUCAAACAAACAAAAAAGACCUUUACCCGAAGAGGACAAGUCAGUUGUCGGCUUUGUUCAUAAUACUUCACCAGUGAAAAGAUCUAAAACAAAUAUGAACUACUUCGACUCACAAAUUCAAACAGGAUCUACACAAUUUCAACGAGUGGUUUGCUUUCACCAAAGACACCACACCUUUUUCAAGGAGGCUGAAGAGAAAAAAAGCCCAAUCAAGCUCGCCAAAAUCCACACAACACCCAACUGGUAUGACAACACCAAGGAAGAUAUCAAAGUCAACAAGGACACCACCCUUGAAAACACCAAGAAAGCUCUUUCCUUUAAGUACAAGACACCGAAACUUCAGCAACCCGUAACAACAACUGUUACUGAUUUCGUUUACAAAAUUCCAUCAACAGAAAAGAAUAAGAUCAAUAUCACAGCCUUUGUUAACCAAGUAGUCGAAGAACAAAGUGAGGUUCAACUCAGCUACAAAACGGAGCCAACCAAAAAAAAGGUUUUCGCUAUUGCAGAUGACAAAACAUCUGUCAGACUCACAGCUUGGGCAGACAGCAUUGACAUAAUAGAAAUCAACCAUACUUAUAAAUUCACAAAUCUCUCAGUAUCAAAUUUUAACAUCAAACAUCUCCAGACCACUACAUCAACCAUUAUCACAGAGACUGAUGAAAUGGAAAACCCUUGCUUGGACCUGCCUGAAUUAGAAGAUCUUACUAAACUCACCAGUGCUAAAUGUGAGAGUGUUCAGUGUUCAAUCAUUGUAUCAUGCAACAGCUGCAAAGCCAUUGUUAAUACAGUAGACCUCUUGCAAAAUACAUACAGGUGUAAAUGCUGUAACAUGAGACAACUAUCAGCUUCUGUCCUUAAACAAGUCAGGGUCAAACUAAACCUGUCUGACCAUGGUGUCAAGUAUCGCAUCAGUGCGCACAAUCCGGUGCUCUCUGAUUUCUUGAAAGCUCAAGAAGUUUCACUGGACACUGCUGAUGAAGUCGAGGAAUUCUUCCUCUCAGCUAAACCCUUCGCAGUAACAAUCAACUCAAAUUACAUAGCCACAUCAUUUGCCAUGGAAUAAAUACUGAAGAGUGACAUGUAUCUACUAAACAUUCAAUAGUUUUGUUACCAAACUUUGUAUACCAAGUUCAUCAUUUUACUGAGUUGAAGAGUCUUAAAGUCAAGUUAAAUCAUGGGCACCUAGUGGUGAGUUCAUUGAGUAACUGGCAAAAAAGCCAGGAAGUAGGACAAUAAGACAUACCAUUAUAACAUCUGUUUUACAUGUAUGUACACUCAUGGUAUAUGGACACCUUGUUUCCUGAAAUAUCUAUGGAAUGAGUUGGCUGAUUUUAAUUGAGUUUUCACCAUUCAGUAGGAAAAUGUGUUUUCUAUUGAUCUCUCCGUAAUUUGAAAACUAUCUGAUAUUUUGAUAAUGAUAUUUUUUAAAAAGAUCCUAAGUGACAAUUUUUGUCUUUGACUUUUUAUAACUUUUCCAAUUUAACAUAAAAUAACAGCAAAUUCUAAAACCUCCUAUGAAGAAAUAAUUUGAAAAUUAGAUCACAUCUUCAUGCUAUACCAAAUUUUGAAAAUUUUUCUUUCUGUGCCAUCACAUACAAUGUACUACAGAGUAGCAUAUAGGCACACAUGAAAUUUCGAGUUACAAAAUUGCCACUGAAUAACAGAUAUAAGCCAAGUAAUUUUCAUGAUAUUCAGAGAUUCUUAAAAUAUUGACAACUAACUGUGAAAUUUUUAAAAACCUCAGAUAUGUAUUUUGGGGAUCAGAAGAAAUGAAUGUCAGGGAAAAAAUCACAAAUUAUCAAAAUGUCAAAAGAGAAGAAAGUUUUCAAAUAAUGCAGAGUCCAAAAGAAAAUGCUUUAUCCUACCUGAGAACCCUGUGAAAAUCUCUAAACCCCGUUAAAUAGAUAUUUCAUGAGGCAUCCUAUCCAUAAACUUUUUUUUGUUUAUAAGGCUGAAUUCACUUAAUUACAUUCUAUUUCCUGAAGACCCAUUUACUUAAUUAUUACAUGAACAUCUAUGAUAUUGAAGAGAAUCUGUUCAUUCACUUUCAAAUUCACACCAUACAGGCUGCUUGUUUAUUCCUUCCCUUCACCAGCUGUUCACCAUCUGCUUACGUCACAUGUUUUAUAUUUCUUGAUUUACAAGAUUGACACAUAAUAUGAAAAGUGGUGUUAUAUUCAAAAGAAUUCUUCAACAGUGUCAAUACCAAGUAUAAUUAUUGCGUCACAUGAUAUGUCUAAAAUGAUCUUACACCCUUUCUAAAGUCAAGGGCUUACUUCUUUUUACCAAAGACCCCAAUUUUUGAGUUACAAAUUUCGAAGCAUUUGAAUAUCAAUUUUAUUUCUUCCAGAAAAAAUACCAGGUUGGCACUCCACUCCUGUAAACCAAGCAAUAAAAAACAUGUGACCUUAUACAUGGAACAUCAAUUCACUGGCAUCACCUCCACCCAUGAAGAUUGAGAGUUAAAAAAUCACCAUUGAUGUAGCAGUAAAAAUAAAUAAAACUGAUGAAUUAAGUGAGCUCAGCCUUGAACUUUUGACCAUCUGUUAAUCAUGUUAGUCAAACUUGCAUUUAUCCUCUGUUUUAUUUCAUUUUGUUUAAUCUGUUAUUCUAUAUCUAAUUCUAUAUGUAAUUCAAAUGCGAUUCACACGAAUCAAAACUAUAUCAGGUGGCAUACAAAAAACAAGUACACGAUAUAUUUUGUUAUCAGUCAAAAAGUCUCCAUCGCAUUGUAAUGCAAUUUCUUGCACAUUUUUUGUUUGACAUCUUUCACAUCUUCUGAUAAGAGUUUCAAUGAAACAUCUGAAAUGUUUUAGAAGUAAUAGGCAUUUGAAAAAUUAGAUAGAAACGUGUAAUGCCAGACCUUCAAUAACCACUAAAAUCAAUUUCUGGCUAUAACUUCCAUAAUAUUGCUGGUAUGAUUAUGAUUUUGAUGUCAAAGUAUAGGUUGUCGUGACCAAGAAAUCAUUUAAACUUGGUUUAAGAGUUGUUACACCAUUGCAUCAUGGGAAAUGAUUCUGGUUUUUUAGCCCAAUUCACAGCCAUCUUUGAUUUCCCAUAAUGCAAUUGUGGUGCAACUCCGAAACCAGGCUUAAAUGAUACCUUGACCAAAAAACCUAUAUUUCGACACUAAAAUAGUUAUCCUAUCUGGAAUAUUAUGGAAGUUAUAGCUAAAAAAUAUGUUUUAUGAAUCACCCUACAUGUCAUAGGCCUGGCAUUUUGAUAUCAUACCUCAAUUUUUCAAAUGCAAGUAAUUUCUAAAAUAAUUUAGGUUUUUCAUUGCAAUUUCAUAGUAAGGCGGGAAAGAAGUCAAAUAAUUAUGAAAUGGCAUUUCAGCAUGAUAAAUAUUUCCAUACUUAUAAUGAAAAGGUUUGUGGACUCAUUUUUUUCUGCACCACCCGAUGUAUACUUUGAAAAUGAUUCCAAUCACCUGCUGGUCAGGACAAUUUGAUACCAAUAAAAAAACAUCUCAUUUUUCAA